AACGUCCAGAGUCCUGCCAGCAGGACUUUGCGUCCUACCGGUAGGACGCAAUAGAUUUGGCUAUAUGAGGUUUUCUAAGCCUGCUAGCAGGACGAAACAAGUACCACUAAAUAGUGCGUCCUUUUCUCUCUUUGCGAGUUUUUGAUUCAUGUUUCUACGACUAGUUGGGCCGAAAUGGCUGCGAAUAUAAGACGUGGGGACCGCGUUCGCGCCAAAGCUACCUAUUUCGACGAACAAGAUGGCGGCAAUACAUGGAGUCGUCAACAUUUUGGCGAUAAUUACCAUAUCAGUUAUUGUUGGGGUACAGUAAGAAAAGUGGAAAACAAAUUUGCAAGAGUAUAUUGGGAUAUUGAUAAAAAAGUUUCAACCGUGCCCGUCGAAUAUUUAAUUGCUGACCACGAAAACGAAAAUUUAAUUGAAGCAAAUACUAAUCAAUAUUGUUCACUGUCUGAAUCAGAUUCAUCCACUUCAAGCGAAGAUGAGGAGGAGACGAAUAAUUAUCCGACUACCAGUAGGAGCAACGUAAUAAAUUCUACCGAAAAUAUAGUCGUUGUAAAGGGUGUUACCUGGACUUUUAUGGAGGCAAUACGACUUGACCAACGACAACAGGGUAAUUACAAAGCUACCCUACAAGAACCAUUGAGGGGCACACAAAGCGUAAAGGACGCUUUUUUUAUGGUUUUUCCCCGGGAGAAAGUUCAUUAUAUAAUACAAUGCACUAACUCUAUGUUUCCAGCAAAACAAAAAGUUUUGACUGAGAAAGAGUUACUACUGUUUAUAGGUAUAAUGUACGCUAUGACGCUUCAGGAACUGCCGGACCGUCGAUGUUACUGGAAUACGACUUCUGAAGGUAUAUAUCCCCCAGCCAAUUUUGGACAAAAGUUUGGAAUGAGUCGUCAGAGAUUCGAGACUAUUCUCAUGGCUCUGCGCUUCACACAACCCUCAGAUCUCGAUGAUUCCGACAAAUGGCGUAACGUCAGAACUUUAGUAACGAUGGUAAACGAGAAACUGGAACAUACCAUCCGUCCUGGUUCAAAAAUUACUGUGGAUGAGUCCAUGUUCGCUUGGUACGGAAGAGGUGCGUACUUCAAAGACGGUAUGCCAGCAGUUAUGAAAAUUAAAAGAAAACCGAAAGGAGUAGGUUGUGAAGUAAAAACUGCAUGUGAUAGUGGCACAAAUAUUAUGAUCAGGAUGGAAAUUAACGAGGGCAAGGAAUCAAUGAGUGCCAAGAAAUGGCAAAGGGAAUUAGGCGCAGGAACUGCAACUACUUUGCGAUUAACUGAGCCAUGGCAUGGCUCUGGAAGGAUAGUUGUUGGAGACUCAUGGUUUGCUUCAGUCAAAACAGCUGUAGAGUUAUCUAAAGUUGGAUUAUAUUUCAUUGGACUAGUAAAGACAGCACAUAGUUUUUAUCCUUCUUCCGAGAUGGCUACAAGGUGUCCAUCGCAUAAAGGAGCAUCUGUUGUAAGUACAGCGGAAAAAGACUCUGUGCAUCUCAUUGCCUGUGCAUGGAGAGACAAAAAAAUUCAUACAUUUGUUUCCACAUGUGGAACGACACUGCCUGGCCAGCCAUCACGUAAAAGAAGAUGGGACGAUGAUGGAAAUCAAUUUUUUAGAGAAGUCGAUAGGCCUAAAUUAGUAGAGCAAUAUUUUGACGGUGCUGGGGCUAUCGAUAUUCACAACCACAUCAGGCAGGAUGGAUUGGCAUUAGAAAAAGCUUGGGGCACCCAUAAAUGGAAGCACAGACAUGGAAUCGAGUACUGCUCGAAGGACCGCCUCGAAUAUUCAUACAAAUUCUACAUGAAAAAUAAGUCCUGCCAGCAGGACGCACUUUCGCUGGAGCGUCCUUCCAGAAGCUCCUUCCGGAAGGACAUGGAUAAAAAUGUACAACAGAGAUGGAGAACCGCUCGGGAUGCGUACACAAGAUCGAAAUCCGCAAUUAUUAAUACGAAGUCCGGAUCUGGUGGUGGAGAUAUAAAAAAAAUAUAUAUCUACUACGAUCACAUGCGAUUCCUCGACAAGAAACACCCCGUCGAAGUUGAGGACUCUCUUACUGCAAAUGGCCCCCAGGCAAAGAUUUCGGUGCCUGAUUGCGAGCCACAGCCUUCGACUAGCCAAGAAUAG